AUGUCGACCCUUGCGUCGAUGCGAUGCCUCGCGGCGACCUCCACCUCUGGAAGACCCCACGAACGAACGACAUCAUCCUCCGCCGGAGCUCCCGGCCGCACGACGAACGCACGGCGCCACCCCAUCGUCGGCGACGGGUUGUUGCGUCGCCUCUCCCGCGCGACGAUCGCUGUUGGAAGCGCCGCCGCCCUCGCGCUGACCGACCCAUCACCAGUCUUCGCGCUCGGCAUCAUCGACGCGUUCGCGCCAGUACCCCCGAGGGCCGUCACGUUCGAGGAGGUGGCCGCUCACGACGCACCGGAGGCCUGUUACAUGGGUCUGGCGAUCGGAAGGCGAACUCUGGACGACUCCAUCGUGGUCUACGACAUGACCGGCUUCCUGUCCAGGCACCCCGGCGGGUACGAACGCGUGGCGCGGAACUGCGGGACGGUGAACUGCGCGUGGGAGAUGAGGUACAAGGGCCACAGGUUCUUCGCCCUGGACGACUCGAGGCUCGGGUUCGCGGUGCGUGCGCGCGGGGGGGUCGCGCUCGGGACGCUGACCGAGUAUAGCAACGGGUCGUGCCUGGAGUGA